AUGGCUUAUGUUGAGAAUAUCAAGAAUAUGACCAUGGUUCCUACUGAAAACCUUUCCAAACAGCAUCAUCUUCCUCACGGUGGCGGAGGCGGUUUUGAUUGCGGUAAAAGUUACACGGAGGGUUUGGGGCUUAUGAGCAGCGUUCACGGGUAUGACUAUCAAAACGAAGCUUACUUAGGAUCUGAUCUAGUAGCUGCUACUUCCAUGGCUAAAGAUGAAUCGAGGACUAACAGUGAUAACAAUAAUCAAGAACAAGAAGAACAAGAUAAAGGAACAUGCGACGAAUAUGAUCACAACAACAAGCACGGACGAGGAGGGUCGACGUUGACGGAGCCUGGUCUAUUACUCGGUGGUGGCUCACAGUCACAACAAGCAAGGCCAUUAGACCCUAUUUUUCGACUUCCACCACGUCCGACGGUUAACAAUAGUUUUAGUACUUUGUUCUUUCAACAACACCAGCAAGGAAGUAGCUCCAUGAUCCCAUGUAUUCCAAAUCAUGGGGAGAUUAACCGGACAUUUAAGCCGAUAGCACCGAGUUCUUCUUCUUCUUCGUUGGCGCCCUAUUUCGGCAGACCAUUUCAGGUGCAAACAAUGGAUGUUGACGGGCCGAGCUCGGAGGUUAGAAUCAUUGAUCCUCCUAGAAGACCCCAUUCUGGCAUUUGGUUUAUCCUACAAGCAUCACACAAUCAAGCAAAAGAACCCUUCUUGCCUCAAAUACCAAAGAGCUAUCUGAGAAUCAAGGAUGGGAAGAUGACAGUGCGGUUAAUAAUGAAGUAUAUGGCUAACAAGCUCAGACUGGAUAGCGAAUCAGAGAUAGAGAUAAGAUGCAGAGGGCAACAGCUUGGGCCAUUGUUGACGUUGCAGCAUGUAAGAGAUCAAAUAUGGAGUUCAACGCCGCCUGAUAUUAACAAUGUCAUGGUUCUGCAUUAUGGUAGGCUCUAGGGAUUCAAUUAUUCAAAAACAC